AUAAAGUUGUUUCUAAAAAAAAGGACUGGAUUUCCCACAAUGCAAUGCGAUACAUUUUCUUCACCACCCGCUUUCUGUCGAGACCCGCCUUACUCUGCCACUGAUUGGUUAUAGUGGCCAAUUUUGGGUCUCAGGAGUACAAUUGGUUGGAUUAUAUUAAGAAUGUCAGGAUCAGAGCCAAUCAGAGACAGAGUAGGGCGGGGCUUAUCAGAAUGCGGGUGGAAAAAAAUCUAACGCCACUUCAUCAACACAUGGCUGGUGAAACCUGUGCUUACUGAUAUUGUUCUUCUUUAAAAUUAAUCUCACUGUGUUUUAAAAGUGUAUUCAUAUUUCGUUCUGCCGCCAAAUGAAAGUCAAAGUCCUCUCGAGGAACCCGGACGACUAUGUCCGAGAGACCAAACUAGAUAUACAGCGCGUCCCUAGAAACUAUGACCCAACCCUUCAUCCGUUUGAGGUGGGUAGAGAGUACACCCGGGCUUUGAAUGCCACUAAAUUGGAGAGGGUGUUCGCUAAGCCUUUCUUGGCCUCCCUGGAUGGGCACAGAGAUGGAGUCAACUGCAUGGCCAAGCACAGCAAGAGCCUCUCCACUCUGCUGUCUGGCUCCUGCGAUGGAGAGGUGAAAGUGUGGAAUCUGAGCACACACGAGUGUGUCCACACGCUCCAAGCACAUGAAGGUUUUGUCCGGGGAAUGGUCGUCCGCUACUGUGGAACAUCCUUCUUCACGGUUGGUGAUGACAAAACUAUCAAACAAUGGAAAAUGGAGGCACCGGCUUAUGGAGAGGAAGAGGAGCCACUUAACACAAUUCUGGGCAAGACAGUCUUCACAGGGCUCGACCAUCACCAGAAAGACGGUGUGUUUGCAACAUGCGGCCAGCAGGUGGACAUCUGGGACGAGCAGAGGACCAGCCCCAUCCGCUCUUUCAGCUGGGGUGUAGACAGCGUCAGCUCUGUCAGCUUCAACCCAGUGGAGACUGAACUUCUGGCAAGCUGCGCCUCUGACAGAAGUAUAGUGCUGUAUGAUAUGAGAGAAUCAGCACCACUUAAAAAGGUUAUCAUGACAAUGAGGAGCAACACAUUAUGCUGGAACCCGAUGGAAGCCUAUUACUUCACAUCUUCAAAUGAAGACUAUAACCUCUACACAUACGACAUGAGGUACCUGAACCGGCCAGUCACAGUGCACAUGGACCAUGUGUCUGCAGUGCUUGAUGUGGACUACUCUCCCACUGGCAGGGAGUUUGUAUCGGCCAGUUUUGACAAGACCAUUCGCAUCUUCCCCAAGGACGGUGGCCACAGCAGGGAAGUGUACCACACCAAACGCAUGCAGCACGUCAUCUGCAUAAAGUGGUCAGCAGAUAACAAGUACAUCCUGAGCGGUUCUGAUGAAAUGAAUAUCCGAUUGUGGAAAGCCAACGCAGCCGAGAAACUGGGAGUGCUUUCCCCCAGAGAGAGGGUAGCCACCAACUACAGUCAGAAGCUGAAGGAGAAGUUCCAGCACCACCCGCAGGUCCGACGCAUCGCUCGCCACAGACAUCUACCCAAGAACAUCUUCCACCAGACCAAGGAGCUGAGGGUUAUGAAGGAGGCUCGCCGUAGAAAGGAGAGGAACGUCCGCAAGCACAGCAGACCGGGAAGCAUGCCGGUGGUGUCCGAAAAGGAGAAGCAUGUCGUGACUGUGGUUAAAUAAACAGAGCGUGGAAGACCCAGGAGCUGCGUUAGAGAGAUGAGGUGGAGCCUGAGAUCACACCCACACUGGACAUGUUCAUGUACAUUUAAAAAGAAAACGCAGCAUUUGGGCAAUUGUGGGAUCAUCUACUUGUAGGUACAAGGACACAGACUGUAAAAGCAUAUUAACAACAAAUCAAAGUGUUCACCUUCCAUCAUUAAAGAAAUAGUUUGACAUUUUUUGGAAAAUACACUUUCUAAAAUGGCAAACUUUUCCUUUUUUAAAAUCACAAUCACUUGUACACACUGUGUAGAUGUGAGAUUCCCUUCACACAGGCUCUGAUGUAACUGCCAGUUUGGAUACUGUACUGUUCACAGUUUGAGCAAGUGGACAUUUUCCAUCACAGGAUCCAUAACCAACACAACAGUAUGAGUGUCCACUGUUUAAAAGACUGUUGGUUUGCUCUGCGCCUAUUUACAUAAAUAUUAAAAUCAAUGUUCUCCAUGGUUUCAUUCAAGACCAGCAUUUCCAUGAAUGAGGUUCAAUAAAUGCGCUAAUUAAAACUACCAGAGAUGGUUUAAA